GUGUCCAAACUACGUAGGAAAAUAACAAGGCAGUAAAAAUACGUGGAGUGAUAUAGUACAUUAGUACAUAAUAAACAGUGGAAUAUCGACCUAUAUUACCCUGUACUUUUGGAACAUGUAGUGCUACAUUGUUGCCAUUCGUCUUGCAAGAUUGUAAUGGAAUUAAAAUAGAUUUUUGGUGAAUGAUUAAAAUAAUAACUUUGCUAUCCAUCCUCAGAACCCACCAAGAACAUGGAAGAAACCAGACAGGUGAUGUCAUCCUAUUGGACUGAACAUUCUAAAAAACAGAGCAUUGAGGAAAUGAUGCUGGAUGAAGAUGCAAGUAAAAUAACACAACAUGAACAUCCUGAAGUUUUGAGUCUUCUUCCCAACCUCAAAGGAAUGAAUGUGUUGGAAUUAGGAGCAGGAAUUGGGAGAUUCACAGGUGAUCUUGCCAGGAAAGCAAAGCAUGUUCACGCUGUCGAUUUUAUGGAGGCGUUUAUCACAAAGAACAAAGAAACAAAUGGUGAAAAGUACGCCAACACUUCAUUUGAAUGUGCUGAUGUACUUAAACUAAAAAUACCAAAACAAAGUGUGGAUGUGAUUUUCUCCAACUGGCUUCUUAUGUAUCUCUCGGACGAAGAGAUCCAAGUUUUAGCGAAGAAAAUGUUAUCAUGGCUGAAGGUCGAUGGUCAUCUCUUCUUUCGUGAGUCAUGCUACCAUCAAUCUGGCAACAAAAAACGUGGAGAGAAUCCAACAGAAUAUCGAACACCAAUGCAAUAUGUGGAACUGUGCGAGGCUGUCCAGGAGGAGGAUGAAUUAAAUGCCGGAAAGUUUUAUGUCCUAAACCCAAUCUUUGGGAAAUCAGUUGAAGCCUACAUUGCACAUAAGAACAACAAGAAUCAAUACUGUUGGUUGUGGCAAAAGAGCACUCGGGAUGAGGGCGAAAGAUACACACAACUUCAAACUUUCCUGGAUAAAAAUCAGUACACAACUCAUGGUAUUAAACGAUAUGAAAAGAUUUACGGCAAAGGCUUUGUCAGUUCAGGAGGACAGCAACUUGUCGAGGCACUUUGCAAGAAACUUAAUCUUAAAUCAAAGGAUCAUGUGUUGGACAUUGGUAGCGGAAUGGGAACAACAGCAUUUUAUAUGGCCAAGAUAUAUGGCGUUUUUGUGACCGGAAUCGACGUGUCUUCAAACCAAAUCAACUUGGCAAUGGAAAGAGCAAAUAACGAGAAAAAUGAACAGGUCCAUUUUGAGAUCGGAGACGUAACUCAUCGGAACUACAAGCCUAGCUCGUUUGACGUGAUAUACAGUAAAGAGGUGUUUUUGCAUAUCGCUGAUCAAAAUGCUUUGAUCAAAUCAUGUUAUAAUUGGUUGAAGCCAGGCGGUAGACUGCUUAUCACUAACUACUGCUCCAGUGGAAAAAAUCCAACUUCAGCAAGGUUCCAGUCCUACGUCAGUGAAAGACAAUAUCAUUUGGUUGAUGUAGAAACUUUGGGAAAGUAUUUUAAAGAAGCUGGCUUUGAAAAUGUUGAAGCGAAUGACACAACGGAACACUUCGUAGAAGUAUUGGAGAAUGAAUUACAUGCGUUCCAGGAAAAUAAAGAUGAAUUUCUUCAGGAGUUUUCACUGGAGGAUUACUACACGAUCGUGAACGGUUGGACAGACAAGUUACUGCGAUGUAGCGAAGGAGAUCUUAAAUGCGGGGAAUUCCUUGGAAUAAAACCGAUACGAUAAAUCUAAGAUUUUAGAAUCACACGAACAUCUUCCGAUGUUUUUAGAUGAAUUGACAUUCCUUAUCAUUGGUUUACAAAAAGAUUCAACUACCUUUGAAGAUAAGCACGAUUCAUUAUAGUUUUUUAAAUCAUUUCCA